GUUGUCAUCAUGAGAAACAGCUGUUUGCAUUUCUCCUUUUAAAGUGCAUCUAAAAUCCCGGAUGAAUUUCAUUUAUUGUGAAUAUUGCAAGCUACCGUGAAUAGUUGGAGUAUUUGAAGAAUGGCUACUUAUACAUACAUUUACAUCUUUACAUUUGUCUUUCUAUUAAGUAUAAAAGGACAAACACGACCCGAUGAUAGUAAUUGUGCUAAAAUAGUUCAACCAUCUGAGGAUAGUCGUAGCAGCUAUAGUUCGGAUGGGUCUAGCACUAGUAGCUCAAGUUCGAGCGACUCAAGUUCAAGAUCAGAUAUAGGCGAUGAAGAUAUGUCUACACAGACGGAAUGAACGAAGAUAAUGAAGGAACAGAAGAAGGCGAUAAUGAAGGAACAGAAGCAGGCAAUAAUGAAGCAACAAGAGCAGGAUUUUCUGGUCUAGGAUAGACCGUGAAGAGAGCCAUUUGUAUCUGACUUUGUCGAACAAGCAAAUUAUUUAUUUAUUAAUUAUAAAAAUGUUUUGAUCAUUAAAAACAUUAAAAUUUGCAAGGUCGAA